UCACCUCCUGCCUCGCCACGAGCGAUCUCUCCUCGAAUCUAUCAAUCGGAACCGGUUACCAUAAGAAGACUUCCCGACAGCGCUUCACUCCUUUGUGGACCUCAGCUUAGUCCACCUCCUCCUGCUCGAUUUCGCACAUUCACUUUAAUUCACUUGCGGACUCGGAGCGAACUGAUCUCACACGACCAGAUAGCCGGAAGCGCGAACAGCUUUCGACUACAGCCUUCUUCAUCCUCUGCACAACCUCCAAUCGAUCGGAACCAUGGUGCAAAGGAACUACGUAAUAGCGAUCAUUGUGAUCAUUCUAUUCGUGGUGCUGGCCAUUGUGGGUUACGCUAUUUAUGCGAUCCAAAAUCGAGUCAGCCUGUUCGCGAAACGAGAGAAAGAGGUAGAGGAGGGAGAAGACGAGGAAUAACACUCUCAGGGGCUGUACGCGUCCAGAUGCGUGUACGUUUCCAACUUGACGACAACGAUCUUGAGAACAAGGUUUCGGCGAAAGCAAGGUCGAUUUCUGGGAUGUUACGUUCAGAAGAUGGGCGGGAUACUUGGUUUUAA